CCUCACUCUCUGCCUCCAGCAUCCCAGGAUUCGGAGCUACCCUCAACGUGACGAGUCGAGGGAAGCUACCGCCCACCCGGUUGACGAUGUGAUCUGGCAACCGAGGGACUCCGGCUCGCAAUCAGCAGUGCCUCAGUCAGUGGUCGUGUGACAAUGGCGGCCGCAACGGCGCCGUUUCCCGGCGCCGAGAACUUCGUCGUCGGGCUCAUCGGCAUGGGCGACAUGGGCAAGAUGUAUGCCCGGCGCUUGAGCAGUGCGGGAUGGAGGAUCAUGGCCUGCGACAGAGAGGAAAAGUACGAGGAGCUGGUUGCCGAGUUUGCGAACCAUAAUAUACAAAUUCUCCGCAACGGCCACCUGGUGUCUCGUGCCAGCGACUACAUUAUCUACAGUGUGGAAGCCGCGGCCAUAGGGCGGGUGGUCGCGCAGUAUGGUCCAUCAACCCGCCUCGGCGCCAUCGUCGGCGGCCAGACGUCGUGUAAGGACCCCGAGAUCAAAGCGUUCGAAGAGCACCUCCCCAGCGACGUCGACAUUGUCUCGUGCCACUCGCUGCACGGGCCCAACGUCGACCCGCGCGGCCAGCCGCUGGUGCUCAUCAAGCAUCGCGCGUCCGACGAGUCCUUCGCCAAGGUUGAGGCCGUCCUCCGCUGCCUCGGCUCCAAGCACGUCUACCUCACCGCCCGGGAGCACGACCGGAUCACGGCCGACACGCAAGCCGUCACGCACGUCGCCUUCCUCUCCAUGGGCAAGGCCUGGCACGCCACCAAGCAGUUCCCCUGGGAGGGCUCGCGCUACGUGGGCGGCAUCGAGAACGUCAAGAUCAACCUGAUGCUGCGCAUCUACGCGCAGAAGUGGCACGUCUACGCCGGGCUGGCCAUCCUCAACCCGGAGGCGCACAAGCAGAUCAACCAGUUCGCCAAGUCGACCACCGAGCUCUUCUACCUGAUGCUCGAGGGCCGCCGCGACGAGCUGCGCGAGCGCGUCUACGCCGCCAAGGAGAAGGUCUUUGGCCGCGAUGACGCCCCCAAAUGGGGCGACAAGCCUCUCCUGCCGGAGGGCGUUGUCGACCGCUUCAGCCUCAAGCCGAACCCGAACAACAACACCAACUCGACAGCCGCCGCCGGGGCCAGCCCGCCCCUGCCCAACAACCACCUCUCGCUCCUCGCCAUGGUCGACUGCUGGAGCGCGCUCGGCAUCGUGCCCUACGACCACAUGAUCUGCUCGACGCCGCUGUUCCGCCUCUGGCUGGGCGUCACCGAGCACCUGUUCCGCACGCCGGGACUGCUCGACGAGUCGCUGCGCGUCGGGCUCGAGGACCACACCUUCCGCCGCGACGACCUGCAGUUCACCAUCGCCGCCUGCGGCUGGGCCGAGUGCGUCGCCCUGCGCCAGUUCGAGACCUGGCGCGAGCGCUUCGCCGUCACCCAGAAGUUCUUCGAGCCCCGCUUCGAGGGCGCCGUGGAGGUCGGCCAGGCCAUGAUCCGCGCCGUGUUGGAGGAGAGCGAGAGGGAGUGAUGGGUUGGCUGAAGGGGGAGGGGAGGGGGGUAGCCUGCUAGGUCGGGUUGCGGUGUGCUGUUGACGGGAUCACCCAACCAAGCGGCGUCGGUGGAUGGUAACUGGACCAUAGCCAUAGCACUCACAAAUGGAUUGGUUUGUUCGGAGAAUUGGGCUCAUACCUCGCUUCAGACUCCUGUUGGAAAGCCCGACUGCCUUCCCAGCCGGGUGGCCGUCCCCAU